AUGGCUAGUGUCCUGACAAUUCGCUCUCGUAUCAUCGUGUUCCUCUUGGUCGCUGCCUGUCUUGUUGCUGCUCAAUCGCAAUGUGACUGUACACACGGAACCAGUGGACAUCACUAUAGUAAAGCAGACGUUACGAAUGCAUUCGAUGAAGCCAAGAAACACCAGUCAAACACGGUCGGUAAAAGUCGCGAACAGAAGGGGAAAUUUCCUCAUUACUUUGGCAAUGCCGAGUUAUUGGCAUUUCCGACUGGCUGCAAAAAGCCUGACUUGCUCGAAUUCCCUAUCCUCCAUGAUCACACUCUAUUCUCCAACACCUCUGACCAAGGAGCAGACCGUGUCGUAUACAACAAGAAAGGAGACUUCUGUGGAUGUAUGACCCACACCGGUGCAGCUACUCCGAACGGAUUUGUACUCUGCAAAUAA